UUCGCAAGUGAUAGAGUUUUCCAUCUGGAGCUGUACCUGCUACAUAAGCUAGCUAAAUGUCCCGCCAGGGGCAUCUGUUCGCACGGAAAUAAGUCAACGCGCACUCGGUGUCAUCGCAAACAUCUCCAACGACCUUCCUCGUGCCCUCGAUCUUUCUCCAACGGAGCCAUGCGUUCAACGCUGCGGCUCAGAAUUCAACUAGCGGCGUGCAGCGAGUUGAGCAUAUCCGGGAUCGCGUCGUUCUCGCG